AUGCCCGACAAGCUUCCGUUUGAUGUCCACCGGGCCCGGAGGCUCAAGCCACGAUCCAGCUCCACCAGCAGCGCUAAGCACGGUCAGCCUAAAGACAAAGGAGUUAGGCGUCGACAGGGCCCCGGUUCCAGAAAGUUGAGACAGAUCGCAGGGCCGACAACAGACAACACUGAAGAAAGCCAGAUCCUUACCAAUUCAAUCCCUCCUACACUGACUGUCACCAUCCUUCGUUUUAACGCGCAUUUGAUUUCGUCCGCUAUUGUUCAAACACGAAACUAUGAUAGUUUCGACUACUUUGUCGUGCAGCUACAGCAAUCCACCGAUCCUCAGACUUUAGCCUCCAAGCUCAAUGCUACGUUCGAAGGACCGCUGGGAGAGUUGCCCAACCACUUUACCUUCUCUUGCCCGAAAGCCCAAAGCGCAGAUGUGGAAGCAACCUUAGAAGAAUUGAGACACAAACGGUUGCUUCGGAAGAGGGGCUUGAGUAUUGAGGACGACCCAGAAGAGUUACAAGGUCUACAAUGGCAUCAAAAGCAGGAGCUUAAACAGCGUCACGUAAAAAGAGUGCCGGCACCACCAACAGGCUGGCAGAAACCACGACAGGCAAACAAUGCUGGUCAACUGGAUCAACAGCAGCAAGCCGACAAGGCGCGCCUCGAGGAAAUUGCAUCUUCUCUGGAUAUUCACGAUCCUGUCUUUCUGGAACAAUGGCAUCUGCUGAAUUACAUACAGAAAGGUAUUGAUGUGAAUGUAACAGGGGUCUGGCAGAAUGGUGUUACUGGUCAAGGAGUCACAGCAUGCGUUAUUGACGAUGGUCUUGACUUUACCAGUAACGACCUCAAACCCAACUACUAUGCCAAUGGAUCCUGGGAUUUCAACGACAAAGGUCCUGAACCCAAGCCAAGAUUGUCCGAUGAUCGUCAUGGCACUCGUUGCGCCGGUGAAAUUGCUGCCGCAAGGAACGACGUCUGUGGUGUUGGCAUGGCAUAUGACAGCCAGAUCUCCGGUGUCCGCAUUUUGUCCGCUCCCAUCUCGGAUGAGGACGAAGCUCUAUCAAUCAACUACCAUUAUCAGGAAAAUGACAUAUACUCGUGCUCAUGGGGUCCGCCCGACGAUGGACAGACCAUGGAGGCUCCUGGUUUGCUCAUCAAAAAGGCCAUGGUCAAUGGUGUGCAACAGGGUCGAGAUGGUCGAGGUUCGGUCUUCGUCUUCGCCGCAGGAAAUGGUGCCGCCAAAGAUGACAACUGUAAUUUUGAUGGAUACACGAACAGCAUCUAUUCUAUCACAACCGGAGCCAUCGACAGAGCUGGCGACCAUCCUUACUACUCAGAGAAAUGCUCGGCUCUUCUAGUAGUCACUCCCAGCUCGGGUCACUCAGACGCCAUACAUACAACUGACGUAGGGUUCAAUACCUGCUACAAUGGUCACGGAGGCACGUCUGCAGCUGGGCCUUUGAUGGUUGGUGCCGUCGCCCUUGCCCUGAGCGCACGGCCUGAGUUGACCUGGCGAGAUCUGCAAUAUCUCACCAUCGACACUUCCGUGCCUAUACAUCUCGACGAUGCCGAAUGGCAGGACACUGCUACUGGCAAGAAAUUCAGCCAUACUUAUGGCUACGGCAAGCUAGAUACUUAUAGCUUUGUUGAGGCGGCUAAAACUUUUGAGCUUGUGAAGCCCCAGGCCUGGUAUCAUUCACCGUGGAUCGCGGUUGCACACGACAUUCCUGAGGGCGACAAGGGGCUAGCUGCAUCUUUCGAUGUUACGCCAGAGAUGCUCGAGAACGCGAACCUGGCACGGCUGGAACACGUCACGGUCACUAUGAAUGUCAAUCAUACUCGCAGAGGUGACCUAAGUGUCGAGUUGAAGAGCCCACAAAACACCGUUAGUCGUCUGUCCACUUCGAGGAAAAACGACAAUGCGAGGUCUGGGUACACUGACUGGACCUUCAUGUCCGUUGUGCAUUGGGGUGAAAGCGGGGUGGGUACCUGGACUGUGAUCGUGAAAGACACUAUUGCAAAUGAGCAUCAGGGUCAAUUCUCGGACUGGAGGCUGAACUUGUGGGGAGAAUCCAUCGAUGGCUCUAAGCAGGAAUUACAUCCCCUCCCUGACGAGCACGAUGACGACCAUGAAAUUGCUACGGCUAGUGUGACGACCACAUCUGUCGAACCUACCAGUCCACCUACAGACCUGCCCGAGCAUCCGACUGAUCACCCAGAACGACCAACUAAACCCAAACCUACUUCUGCAGAUACCACAGCUUUUACUACGCCUGCCACGACGACGACCCCGACAGCGCCUUCUGUCACAUCAGAAGUGGCCGAAGCAACUCACACCACUUCCGAAAGUUAUCUUGCCGGUUUCCUGCCAACCUUCGGCGUCUCCAAGAAGACACAGAUUUGGAUUUAUGGAUCGAUCGUGCUAAUGGCAAUCUUCGGUAUCUGCUUGUUUGCUUACUUUUGGCAGCAAAAGCGCAAGCGACAAAGAAACAGUCGCGAGAAUUACGAGUUUGAAAUGGUUAAUGACGAAGACCUAGAUGAUGCACGACAAGGCUUGACCGGCUCGCGUCGUCGUAAACGUGGUGGGGAGCUGUACGACGCUUUCGCUGGCGAAAGUGACGAAGAAGUAUUUAGCGACGAGGACGAUGACGAUGGGUACCAUGAUCGAGAUACUCCCGAUCACGAUACUGGCUCAGGGUCAGGGUCGGCAUCGCAGGACGAGAAAAGAUAG